AGCACGUGUAAGACUGUAAGAGUGUAAGUUUGAAAUGUAAAUAGAAAAUGGUUAUAAUGGCAGAUAUAAUUCGAACUAUUGACGAUAAUGACGAUAUUCCUGAUUAUUCCGAGGAAUCUGAUGAAGAAGUUGAGUUCCAACCUUCUCAAAGAAAACAUAAAAAGAAAACAGAUUUUGAUGUAAAUUUCCAAUUUAUAAGUUCUUCAGCUGAAUAUAAUAAAGAUCCUUGGGACGAUUUAUCAAAAUACGUUAAACGUAAGGCAAAAAGUAAGACUGACGAUAAGAUCAAAGAAGCCCGUAAUAAAUUACUGACAAAUGGAGUUGAUGACGAUAAUACUGAAGAACCGAAUCAUAUUGAUGAAGAAAUACAACUUUCUGAGGAUGAACUUCAAAAAGAUAACAUUAGAGACAAGGAAAAGAAAGUUUUCAAAAAUAAAAAGGUAUCACAACCAAUGGAAAUGGAAGAUUUUUCAGAGGUUUCAAAUUCUUUUGAUCAGAAUACUACAUUUUAUCAAAUGAACUUAUCAAGACCUUUGCUUAAAGCUAUUGGUGAUUUAAAUUAUGUUCAUCCGACACCAAUACAAGCUGCAACGAUUCCUGUAGCAUUAUUAGGGAGAGAUAUUUGUGGAUGUGCUGCUACGGGAACAGGAAAAACAGCUGCUUAUAUGUUACCAAUUUUAGAACGUUUGUUAUAUCGUCCGGUGAAUAGUGAAAUGGUUACAAGAGUUUUAAUUUUAGUACCAACUCGAGAAUUAGGUGUGCAAGUCUAUCAAGUAACAAGGCAAUUAUGUCAGCAUACAACUAUUGAAAUAGGUCUUUCAGUUGGUGGUCUAGAUUUAAAGACCCAAGAAACAGUUUUACGUAAAAAUCCUGAUAUUGUAAUUGCAACACCUGGUCGUUUAAUCGAUCAUUUAAAAAAUACACCAACUUUUAGUUUAGAUUCAAUUGAAGUAUUAGUUCUUGAUGAAGCUGAUCGAAUGUUAGAUGAAUAUUUUGCUGAACAAAUGAAGGAAAUUGUUAAACAAUGUUCAAUUACACGACAAACAAUGUUAUUUUCUGCCACAAUGACUGAUGAAGUUAAAGAUUUAGCCGCUGUAUCGUUAAAAAAUCCCGUUAAAGUAUUCGUUGAUAAUAAUCGCGAUGUUGCUUUCAAUUUACGACAAGAGUUCAUACGGAUUCGUGAAAAUCAUGAUGCAGAUCGUGAACCAAUUUUAGCCGCUUUGAUUUGUCGAACAUUUCAAGAUCAUUGUAUGGUUUUUGUACAAACGAAAUUAGAGGCACAUCGUUUACAUGUUUUAUUGGGAUUAUUGGGUAUUCGAGUAGGUGAACUACAUGGAAAUUUAACGCAACCGCAACGUUUAGAAGCUUUGAAAAAAUUUAAAGAUGAAGAAGUGGAUGUAUUGUUGGCUACUGAUGUCGCAGCUAGAGGUUUAGAUAUUAGUGGAGUAAAAACUGUUAUUAAUUUUUCAAUGCCAAACACAGUUGAACAUUAUAUUCAUCGUGUUGGUCGAACUGCAAGAGCUGGUCGUGCUGGAGUUUCAGUCAGCUUAGCCACAGAAUCGGAUCGAAAAAUUGUUAAAGAUAUUAUUAAAAAAGCAAGAAAUCCUGUCAAAACUAGAAUAAUACCACCAAAUAUAAUUCAAAAAUAUAAAGAGAAAAUAGAGAAAAUCGAACCUGAAUUAGAAGCAAUUUUGCAAGCGGAAAAAGAAGAACGAAUGAUUGCUAAAGAAGAGAAUCGUAUAAAUCGAGCGAAAAAUAUUUUAACAGGUGAAAAUCAAGAUAAUCGAAAACGAGAAUGGUUCCAAACGAAAAAGGAGCGUAAUGAAGAAGAAACAAAAUUAAAAGAAAAAUCAAAAACAAUUAACAAAAAAGAUAAGAAAAAGAAAAUUAAAGAUGAUCAAGCAAAUGAUCCUUUAACUAAGGUUGCAUUUUUCCAAUCAAAAGCUGCAAAGAAACAGCAUAAACCGAAAAAGAUUAGAUCAGUUAUAGAUGAUGUAGAACGACCAAAUAAAGGUCCAAUGAAACGUAAGAAAUCUAAUUUUGAAAGUGAUCUAUUUGAUGUGUCGAAGAAAGGCGUUAAACGGAUGCGAUAUGAAGCGACUAAAGUUCAAAAAAGUAAGAAUAGUAAUAUCAAAAAGAAAAAUAAACAAAAUAAUGUUAAUAAAAAAGUUUUCAAAGGUGGAAAAGGUGGAAAGUUACGGGUGCAAAACGAGAAAGUUACGGAUUAUUAUGGAAAUAAAACAUUAAACAAUUAG